UACAUGUAAUGAUGAGGAAUAGCACUAAAAACUGUGUAAAGCCGAGCGACAACCAACAUUUCACUUUUAUCGCUAUUUUCAGGCCGGCAAGAAAGAGUGCGAACAUAAUUCAACUGCAAUAACAAUCACAGCAAACAACAAUCUGCAAUAAGUGCUUAGGAAUAGAGAAUAUAUAUAGCAAGUAGAAGGAGAAGAACAAGUGGAAGAAUCCAGCAAAGCAAUAAGAUUAAACACACAAAAAAGAAGGGAGUGCUUCAAGUUUGGGUUGAGAAUUGGACACAGUCGUUGAGGAACUCUUUCCCGAGGCACAAGAAAUGUAUUCGGCCGUAAAGCCACUGUCGAAAUAUCUACAAUUCAAAUCGAUACGCAUCUACGAUGCCGUCUUCACCAUCCACUCCAAGUGCACCGUUGUCAUCCUGUUGACCUGCUCGCUGCUGCUAUCGGCUCGACAAUACUUUGGCGAUCCCAUCCAGUGCAUCAGCGAGGAGAAGAACAUUAAUUUCAUACAAUCCUAUUGCUGGACCAUGGGCACCUACAUCAUUCAGCUGGAUAACAAUAUCAUCGAUCUGCCAUCCCCAUCCCCAUCCCAACCAAAAUCAUCACGGAUGAGUCUGCGCCAACGGGCGAACUAUAAUGAGGAGUAUGCACGGGCCAUCUUAAUAGCGGAGGGUGUCGGGCCGGAGAUACAUGGGAGGACGCAGCGCGUCUAUUUGCGCUACUAUCAGUGGGUCAUCAUAUUGCUGCUGUUUCAAUCGUUCGUCUUCUAUUUUCCGUCGUGCCUGUGGAAGGUGUGGGAGGGUCAGCGGCUCAAGCAACUGUGCUCGGAGGUGGGCGAGGCGCUGCUCUCCGAGCAGACAUAUAACACUCGGCUGCGACUGUUGGUCAAGUAUUUUACCACAGAUUAUGCGGACAUGCACUAUUGCUACAUGGCCAAAUAUGUGUUCUGUGAGCUGCUCAACUUUGCGAUCAGUGUGGUGAACAUACUGGUGCUGGAGGUGUUCCUGAAUGGUUUCUGGAGCAAGUAUAUGCAUGCACUGGCAACGAUACCGCUAUACGACUGGGAUCGCUGGAAUCGGGUGUCGUCGCUCGUCUUUCCCAAGAUAGCCAAGUGCGAGGUUCUCAAGUAUGGUGCCAGUGGCACGGCCAGCAUUAUGGACAACCUGUGCAUAUUGCCACUGAACAUACUCAACGAGAAGAUUUUUGUGUGCCUCUGGUGCUGGUUCCUCCUCAUGGCGAUCAUCGCUGGCCUAAAUCUGCUCUGUCGCCUAACCAUGAUGGUCAGCCGGACGCUGCGCGAACUGAUGAUUCGCAGCCAGUUGCGAUUCAUGACCAAAGAGCAUGUGCAGCGCAUCUUUAGCCAUUUAACCAUCGGCGAUUGGUUCAUCCUGAUGAAGGUCAGCGUCAAUGUGAAUCCGAUGCUCUUUCGCGAUCUCUUGGAGGAGCUCUGCCAGCUGCGUGCCUCGCUCAGCGCAACCUCCUCGUUCACUCUGCUCGAAAGCGCCAACUAGUCUAUAUCUCUCUCCCUCUCUAUAUAUAAAUACAUAUAUAUAUAUCAUAUAUAUAGCUUUGAUUCAUGCCCAACACGAAUGAUUACCUUCAACUCAAU